AUGAGUACAGCAACAGGGCCACUACCGAAAGACGUGCUGGAACGAUUGUCGAAAUCGAAUUUCUUGCAUUUGGCUACAUGCUCCGAUAAUAUACCUCAUGUUAGUCUCAUGAACUACACUUUUAUUGGACCAGAGGAGAGUUUCAAGUCUUCAGACGCGAAGCAACCGAAGUACUUGAUUCUAUUUGCUACGAAUAAAAACACAGAGAAGUAUGAGAACUUGGUGAAAAAUCCUCGCUGCUCUAUAUUGGUUCAUGAUUGGGUGACAAGUGAUACUGCCAAUCAGGACAGUAUCUUGAAUCUUUUACACAGGCUGAACCAGGCUGAGGUCAGCGAAUUGAGCUGCACACUAUCGGGACACGUGUUCAAGUUCCUCGACAAAAAAGACGGAAAAGAGUUUAAUUAUUACAAAGACCAACAUUUGAGACGUAAUCCAAAGGCUAAAGCUUUUAUGGAGGGAGACGACUUUGCAUUGGUUCUUAUUCAGAUUGACUGUUCGAAGGUUGUGGACACUAGUAACCACAUCGCACAAUACAAAUAA